GAAGUCGGUUGGGACUUUCAAAAAAUGGAAAACAUGAAGUAAAAACUUUCGCAAUUGAAGAAAGUAACUUGAAUUCAGGACUGGUCUGGCCACCAGCCGAAGACUACACCUAUGGAUAAGAUGUGUUUUAUUAUAUGAAGAAGCUCGUCGAUAGUAUUGUCGCUCUCCGCUGAAAGGAUGGCAGGUAUUUUAACGUAUGUGGAGGAUUUGAAGCGGGGACUGAAGAUCGACGUGCUGAGAGAAGCUGGACGGCAGUACCCGGUCUUCUGCUUCCUGCUGCUGUGCAUGCUCUCUCUGACUGUGCUGCUCAACAGGUAUAUCCACAUCCUGAUGGUCUUCUGGUCUUUCCUGGCUGGUGUCAUCACUUUCUACUGCUCCCUCGGACCAGAGUCUCUUCUCCCAAACAUCCUCUUCACCAUAAAGCCAAGAAGUAAACAGCAGGAGCAGGAGCAGGAGCUGUUUCCUCUGGGCAACAGCUGUGCUGUGUGUGGGAAGGUCAAGUGCAAACGUCACCGGCCGACGCUGCUCCUUGAAAAUUACCAGCCAUGGUUGGAGCUGAAGGUUAAUUCAAAAGUGGACGCUUCAGUAGCAGAGGUGUUCGAGUUAGUGCUGGAGAACUUUGUCUACCCCUGGUACAGGGACAUCACAGAUGACGAAGCAUGUGUUGACGAACUGAGGAUGACCUUUCGCUUCUUCGCUUCAGUGCUCGUCCGCCGAGCUCAGAAGGUUGACAUCCCCGCUGUGUUUGCAGACAAAGUGAUGAAAGCUGCAAUGAAGCACAUUGAAAUUAUUGAAAAAGCUCGAGAAAAAGUGAACAGUGUGGAGGGUUUACAGCAGGCAGCUCUGGAUGAAUACGGCCCCGAUCUUCACACUGCUCUGCGCAGCCGGAAAGACGAGCUGUUCUAUCUGAGGAAGCUGACUGAGAUGCUGUUUCCCUACGUCAUGCCUCCCAAAGCCACAGACUGCAGGUCUCUGGCUCUGUUGCUGCGGGAGGUGAUGGCCGGAUCUGUCAUCCUACCAACCAUGGACUUCAUGGCUGACCCUGAUACUGUGAACCUCAUGGUGCUCAUAUUUGUUGAUGACACUCCACCAGAACCAGCCACAGAACCUCCGUCUGCCCUGGUUCCAUUUUUACAGAAGUUCGCCGACGUCAGCAACAAAAAGCCGUCGGUGCUGAAGAUGGAGCUGAGGGAGAUCAGGAAUCAGCAGGAUCUCCUCUUUCGCUUCAUAAACUUCCUGAAGCAGGAAGGAGCUGUGCAUGUGCUGCAGUUCUGCCUCGCUGUGGAGGAGUUCAACGAUAAGAUCCUGAGUCCGGAGCUCAGUGACUCCGAGCUGCAGCGUUUGCACGGCGAGGUGCUGCACAUCUACGAGACCUACUGCCUGGACGAAAGCAUCGACAAGAUCAGCUUCGACCCGUUCAUCGUGGAGGAGAUAAAGAACAUUGCUAAAGGUCCGUACGGUGGUGUGGUGAAGCUGCAGACCAUGCGCUGCCUGUUUGAGGCGUAUGAACACGUGCUGUCUCUGCUGGAGAGAGUCUUCACCCCCAUGUUCUGCCACAGCGAUGAAUACUUCAGGCACCUGCUGAGAGGAGCCGAGUCUCUGACGAGGAACUCAAGAAUCAACAGAAAUAGCUUCAGUUUGGAAGAAAACAGAAACACGUCAAAGCGAGGGGAGUCGUUCGGCAUCAGCAGAAUUGGCAGCAAAAUCAAAGGUGUGUUCAAGAGCACGACCAUGGAGGGUGCCAUGCUGCCGCCCAGCGCCAUGAACGAGAUUGAUGACGAUCUGGUGGAGGAGGCCACCGUCGUGAUGGAGGACGAUUCCCCCGCCGAGCCGGCCGGCACACCGGGCACCCAGAGGAACCUGUCGGCCUGGAUCAUCACCAUCCCCUACAUCGACAUCUAUGACGACGAGGUCAAGAGGGAGAGGAUCCCCGUCUUCUGCAUCGAUGUGGAACGCAAUGAUAGGAAGGAAGUAGUCGGUCAUGAAACGGAGAAGUGGUCGGUCUACAGAAGGUACAUGGAGUUCUACGUACUAGAAUCCAAACUCACUGAAUUCCACGGCACAUUUGCAGAUGCACAGCUUCCAUCCAAAAGAAUCAUCGGACCAAAGAAUUAUGAAUUCCUCUCAUCAAAAAGGGAAGAGUUUGAGGAAUAUUUGCAGAGGCUCCUGCAGCAUCCAGAGCUCAGUAACAGUCAGCUGCUGGCAGACUUCCUGUCUCCUUAUAGCAUGGAGUCUCAGUUCCUGGACAGGAUGCUGCCUGAUGUCAACCUUGGGAAAAUUUUCAAGUCUGUACCGGGGAAGCUGAUAAAGGAGAGAGGACAGAACCUGGAGCCUUUCAUCCAGUCAUUCUUCAACUCCUGCGAGUCGCCCAAACCCAAACCCAGCCGGCCGGAGCUGACCAUCCUCAGCCCCACGGCAGAGAACAACAAGAAGCUCUUCAGCAGCCUGUUCAAGAACAACGCAAACCUGUCAGAGAGUUCGGAGAGGAGAGCCAACCCCAACUACUUCAUGGAGCUGCUCACUGUUCAUGGCAUGUAUGACUACAUGAUGUACGUCGGUCGAGUGGUGUUCCACAUGCCCGACUGGCUGCAUCACAUUCUGGCCGCCGGGAGAAUCCUGUUCAAGAACACGUUCGAGGCCUACAUGGACCAGUACAUGCAGUCCAAACUGCAGCAGAUCCUCCAGGAGCACCGCAUGGUGUCCCUCAUCACACAGCUCAGAGACGCUGUGUUCUGUGAGGACAGCGAGGAGCGAACCACCGAGGACAAACAAGUCAGAGCCAAGCAGACGUUCGAGGAGAUGAUGAAGUAUUUACCAGACUUUGUGGGAAAGUGCAUCGGCGAGGAGGCGAAGUACGAAGGUAUCCGGCUGCUCUUUGACGGUUUCCAGCAGCCGCUCCUCAACAAGCAGAUGACGUACGUCCUGCUGGACAUCGCGGUGCAGGAGCUGUUUCCUGAACUCAGCAAGCAGGGAAUGAAGGAGACGACCUUCAUGUGAAGUCAACACUGAAUCCACAUCCUGGACGAUGGACGUGCAAUACACAACGAUUUCCGACACCUCUGGAAACACCUCUACAUUCCAAUGUUUAUUAAUGCACAAAUAAAGAUAUAUAUUUAUUGAUG